AUGUCGAAAUUAUCCUGGGAAAAGCCCCCUCAGCGUGGCUUUUCGGGUCUAACCUGUGCCAUUGCUUCUAUUUUUUGUUUGGCGACCGGAUAUUAUUACGGACGACAGGAAUCGUCGCACGAUGGCUCUUUAGCAGUGCAGACUUCGGUCGUUGGAAAUCUGCAGAAAUGCGCAAUUGACAAUUUGCUGGGCACGGGUUUGCCGUUCUUGGAAAAAGCUUCGCCUAUUUCUCUUGCUGAUUUUGAGGAGCGUCGAGAUCGCCUGGCAAUUGCACUAGUUGCUGAGGAUGUCGACGCUUUUGUUGUCGAGCCGGGCUACACUUUCAAAUACUAUGGCAAUGUGAGCCAGCCAGAAUGGGAAGUGUGGGAGCCCGAGGAACGCCCUUUUUUGAUGAUCGUCCACCCUCAGCAGGAUGAGCAUGGCACUGUAACUGCCAACACCACCUUUCUCUGCCCUUCAUUUGAAGCAGAACGGGCUCGUCUUCUCGGCAUGCCCUUCGAUGGACCUAUUCAGAUCGUCCCAUGGGAAGAGCAUUGGGAUCCAUAUGCCACACUCCAGCAAGCGAAUGUAUUCAACUCCCAAAGACCGCCUCGGCUGAUGGUCGAUGAAGAGAUGCGUGAUUUCAUUCAACGAGGACUCGGAACUGCUGGAUUCGAAAUCGUGGGUCUCAGAGGGCAAGUCGAAGAAGUGAGACAGAUCAAGAGCGCCAGCGAGGUUGAGAUCUUGCGCGCAGUCAAUACGGGGACUGUUGAGGCAGUUCGGCAGAUCAGGAAAUGUUUAUACCCCGGACUGACGGAGAAUGACAUUGCGGUCGCUCUCGACAAUGCCUUGCGGGCGGUUGGGAUGGAGCCAUUCUUCGAUAUUGUGUUGUUUGAUGAAAAUGCUUCCAAUCCUCAUGGAGGAACUAAUGGCUCUAAAGUGUUGGAGCCAGAGACUUUCGUUCUUAUUGAUGUUGGAGCCCAUCUCUAUGGAUACUCUUCGGAUAUCUGUCGCACCUUCUUCCCGCCAUUCCUUGAGAAGCCGUCUGACGAUGAUACCUUGUCAGAGCGCAUGAAGGAAAAGCUCCAAGUCUGGGAUAUUGUCUUCGAGGCACAAACUCAAUCCAUUCACCGAAUGCGAGAAAACGCGACCGCGGCCAGUGUCGAUAUCGCGGCUCGGGAGGUCAUUACUGAAGCCGGGUAUGGCGAGACCUUCACCCACCGCGUUGGCCACGGAAUUGGGAUUAAAGGCCAGUAG